CCCAUAAGCAAGAGCGGUCAACACUGGGUGUGUGUUUUUACGGGAGGAGAUGGAAAAAAGAAUUUUUAUUUCGAUUCUUAUGGUCUGCCUCCCACCCAUUGGAACUCGCAUUGGGCUCCUUUCAUGAGAUACAUUCGUAGUAACGGCGAUUUUCAACAAGAAACGAGCGACGUUUGCGGAGAUUAUUGCGUCUACGUUCUCAAAAAAUUGUGUUCUAUGCCCACGCCCGACUUACAAGAAGUGGUAAAGUAUUUCGAUGAAGACGAUAAGAAAGGAAACGAUGUUCUAGUCUUCGAUUUGAUUCACAAGGAAUUUCCUAGGAUUUUGAAUGAUACAGAUCACGAGUUAAACGUAGAUUACGAUAAUUUUAAGAAAAACAUCAAAUCUCGGCAACAGGGUAGUAAGCCUAGAAGAGUGUUACAGUUGUUAGAUUGAAAUAAAAAGACUCGUUUGUAAGUAAAACACCCAGUUGCUUUUCUGUCUGUCUCAUUGUUUGUCCGGUCUAUCACCAUGUCUCUUUCCACACUGACAGAAAGAGCAAAAUUCGUCCAACCUUUCACGAUGGCCUUGUAUGGAAGCACGAACACGGGAAAGACCAAUUUCGUGUUAAAUUUGUUAAAAAAUUUGGCAUUGUUGGUGGAUAAAAAAAUGAGGACGAUCAUAUACUGUUAUGGUUCGACUUGGCAAAGUCCCAUAUUCGACGAAAUGGAAAGUAUGGGAGUAUUGAUGCACAAGGGUCUUCCGGAAAAGAUAGAAGAUCUGUUACAAGACAGACCCACUCCUGCAAUUAUGAUAUUUGACGAUCUCGAAACGGACAUAGAAAAAAGUUCCAUGAUGGCGGAUUGUGUGAAAAAGAACAGCCACCACAUGGACGUUUCCAUCAUCAUAUUGUAUCAAUCCCUAUUUCCUCUGGGAAAAAGAGCGAGACAAAUCAGACAGAAUAUAAACGUGAUGGUAUUUUUCAAAUUUUCCAUGGAAAUAAGAUCUUUGAAAUUACGAUUCAGUGGUUUCGUUCCCACAGACAGGAUGAUGGAUUUCGUGAACCACAUCUACAUGCCGUGGGUUUCGAGAGAAGGA